AUGAUGAUGUCAUCUAACAAUAACGACAAACGAGGAAGCUUUGCUGAUACCCAACCAGCAGAACCACCACAAGAGUGCAAAUCAUCCAUCGCCACCACUGUCAUCACCGCUACCACCACCACCGCCACCAUCAUCGACGACGAAGAUUCCCCCACAAUUCCAGAAUUAUCCACUCUCCCAGUAAUCGGUCGCGAUUACUUUAAAACCUCAUCAAAACCAAUUUAUGAAGGAGCCAAUGGGAUAAUUUUAAAAGGCACCGAUGCUAAACAUACCAAAACUGUGGUUCUCAAACGAGUCAAACAAAAACCUAAUGAAUCACAUAAUAAUUAUCUUGAGACAGUAUGGCGAGAAUAUCGCAAUAUCCAAGCAUCCAGUUCAUGUCGCAACGUCAUUUCUAUAUUGGACAUCGCUGCUAUUGCAUAUAGCAGUGGCGGUAGUAGUAGUAAUAAUCUGAACAGAAGUGCCAGCCAAGAAAAGACGCAACAACAACAAGGAGAAGAGGAUCAAGCGGACCAGGAAGAGGAGAAGCGGACGCGUGACACUCCAUUACGACUCGAAAAUGAAGUUGCUUUGAUUCUAACAUUUUACCCCAGAGGAGACUUGCUUGAUUUCUUGUCCAAAUCAAGACGAUUCCAAAUUGAGAUUUCGCCCAAUUUACGUGACUCCCUUUUCAAACAAAUUGUUCGUGGCGUCCAUUUCCUUCAUAAUCACAAUAUAGUGCAUCGUGAUUUAAAACCAGAGAAUAUCCUAAUUGACAAUGAUGGAAUAUUAAAGAUCAGUGAUUUUGGGUAUAGCUUAAAUAUUAGCAACCCAAAGGCAAUAACCACUGGAUUCAAAACUAAUCCACAUUCACUAAUUUCAGGAACUCCUAGUUUUAAAGCUCCUGAAUUAUUUGAUAUCGAUGUGCAAUUGCAACUGAAUGAAUUUAGUAUUAAUCAAUAUUGUGUUUCUUCUCAUGACUAUCAAAGUUUGAAAUUACUUGAUUUGUGGAGUUUGGGAGUUUGUUAUUUUGUCAUUUACUUGAUGAAGUCGCCGUGGACGUCGGCAAAUUUACAAGAUCCCAAAAAUUUGGUGUUUAUCAAGUAUGUACAGAGUUAUCCUCGUACUCCUGAGCAAUUGAAAUCGUUAUUGGCUGAUUUGAAUCGAUGCAGUGGAGGGGGAGGAGGUGGUGCUGUAGGAGGUGGUGCAUCUAGCUCGGGCUCUGGUGGGAUUACUACAUCACCGAAUCAACGACCUCAAAUAUCGACCCUCACCAACAACUCACUGUACCAUCAUCAUCAACAACAACAACAGCACACGUCGACGUUUGGUAACUCCAACCGAAAUCGAAGCACAAGCCACUCACAAAUUAGUCUAUCACAACUCAACUUACACCAACUGCAUCACAACAUCAAUAACAACGAGUCAUCAUCAUCCAAUCUACAUUCCCCUUCCCCAUUCUCUUCCUCCUCCACCGCUACCGGCUCCGCUUCAUCAUCGCACCCUUCAUCACCAGCAACAACAGGAUCAAACUCCGCAAUCAACUUGUUCAAGAGCCUCCAUUACGAUUCACGUGAGUACAUUUUAAAACUCCUAAAUCCACACCCAACAUCAAGGAUCAAUACUGAGGAGUUGUUGGAAACGAAAUGGUUGAGUCAAGUUUAUGCCAAUUCUAAAGAUUUGAUCAAAUUAAUGAAAUGA